GGCGGCGGCGGGAAGAUGGCGGCGGCAGCGGCGGCGGCGGCAGCGUGGCUGUGGAGCGGUCUGUGGAACGAGCGCUUCUGGUUCCCCGCCAACGUGAGCUGGGCCGACCUGGAGCGCGAGGACCCCGGCACCGGGGCGGUGUACCCGCGCCCCCGCCACGUUUUGGCCGCUUUCCCCGUGGCGGUGGGCCUCUUCGCUCUGAGGCAGCUCUUCGAGAGAUUUAUUGCAAGACCAUGUGCUGCACUUCUUAACAUUCAAAAAUGUGAACCUCGCAGAGCUCAACCCAAUGCAAUUCUAGAAAAGGUGUUUACAUCUAUCACUAAGUGUCCAGAUGCAAGAAGAUUAGAGGGCUUGUCAAAACAACUAGAUUGGGAUGUCCGAAAAAUCCAGCGCUGGUUUCGUCAUCGAAGGAACCAAGAUAAACCAAGCACUCAUGUGAAAUUCUGUGAGAGCAUGUGGAGGCUUACAUUUUAUUUCUCUAUAUUUACGUAUGGACUCAGAAUUCUUUGGUUGUCACCCUGGUUUUGGGAUACUCGACAAUGCUGGUACAACUACCCUUUUCAGCCCCUAUCAUCUAGCCUUUACUACUAUUAUAUUGUGGAACUGGCCUUCUACUGGUCUCUUAUGUUUUCCCAGUUUAUAGAUGUCCAGCGAAAGGAUUUCCUGAUCAUGUUUAUUCAUCACUUGUCAGCAAUUAUACUCCUUAGUUUCUCCUAUAUGAACAACAUGGUGCGGGUAGGAAGUUUGGUUUUGUUGAUUCAUGAUGCAUCAGAUGGCAUCCUAGAAGUAGCAAAACUGACCAACUAUGCCAAAUACCAGCGAGUCUGUGAUGCCACCUUUGUACUGUUUUGUGUGGUGUUCAUUGUUACUCGUUUGGGGAUUUAUCCUUUCUGGUUACUGAACACAACUUUGUUUGAAAGCAAGGAAAUAAUUGGCCCUUAUCCAUCAUGGUGGCUAUUUAAUGGGCUUCUUCUAAUUUUACAAGUUCUAAAUGUCAUCUGGUCGUAUUUCAUCAUUCGCAUUGCCUACAAGGCCCUGGCACGAGGGAAGGUGUCAAAAGAUGAACGCAGUGAUGUCGAAAGUAGCUCUGAAGAGGAAGAUGUGACUUCAAGCAACAGGAAAGGAGUCCUUAGCUCUUCAAGCAAUGACACCAGUCGGAUUAACGGCCACAUAACUAGUGGGCAGUGGGCAGAAGAGGAGUAAGAACCGGCAGGGAGACCUCAAGAAAACAUAGACUUGUGUUCAAAUGACUAGAUAUGUCUUAACUCCAUAUCCCCAAGAAAUCUUUACUCAUGCCGGCGCUUUGCCCCCCAAAUCCUCCAGCAGUUCUGAAACAGGCACAUCACAGUUUUGUACUAAAGGAAUCUAGUUGAUUGCUAGUGCAAAAGCUAUUUCCAGUUUCACAUUUUAAAGAAAUUAAGCCAUUUUGCAUUUAAUGGUAUCCUAUGUUUGCUGAAGUGUGUGUGUGUGUGUGUGUGUGUGUGUGUGUGUGUGUGUGUGUGAGAGAGAGAGAGAGAGAGAGAGAGAGAGAGAGAGAGAGAGAGAGAGAGAGAGAGAGAGAGAGAGAGAGAGAGAGAGAGGUGGGUGGGGAAGCUGUUUUAUUUUAAAGAUCAACUGAAGCUUUGAGAGAAAGUAUUCUUGCAACAACUCUGAAGGUUCGGAUCUCAAACAGGUUCUGCCUCUCACUUUUUAAUUGCACUCCAGGGGUUUGUUUGUUUUUUAAUACACUGGCCUGGUCUAAAUUGAUAUUCCAUGCUCCUAGCAGCAAGGACUAAAGCUGUGUCCUGAGGAGUCUGGGAUGUGCCACAGCUAGGCAUAGCAACCUGGUGGUGGUGGUGGUAGAGACAGGCCAACUUAUUUGUUGUUGGAAUUCCAUUUGCUAAUAAAGUUUUAUGUCUGCUUGUUUGGGUGGGUGGGAAGACAAGGCUGGUGUUCAUUGCUUCCCCCCCCCCCCCCGCCAAGUGGAGUAGUGUCUCCAAAGUCUUCAUUUUGACUUCCUAAAAUCACCUGUUUUUCCUACAAAUGCUAUGGGUUUUGAGUCACAUAGGAAUUACAAGAAAGAGGUGGAUAAAUUUGUGUACCAGGAUAAUAGGCAUGGAUGAUCUGGUUCUGUUGCCGACUUUUCCAUAGACAGUUCUACUUUAAGAAGAGAAGCAAGCAUGCCGCCCGUACCUGCUUCAGAAUCUUUUGGUGAGGUGUCAGUGGGAUAAAGAGGUUGCCGCACAAGGGCUUUGAGUCCCUCCCUCCCUUUUACUAAAUGGUACUUCAGGGGAGAUGAAAGGCAGCAAAGUGUUGUCAUGAGCAGGACUUUGAAAAUGCCCUGAGUUAUUAUCAUUUUAUACUAUUGUUUACUCUGAAUAAAAAGAAAUUUGCUUGAAGAGUUGGGUCUGUGAAUUUUGCUUUACUGAGGAAGGUUGUGUGCAUUCUGAUUUUAGAUAAUCUGCUAACGUGCUAACAUUGCCAAAUUACACAGAAGCAGGAGAUGGUGCUGGAAAUUUGAAGGCUGCAAAGCAAGUAGCACAUUAGUAGUAUUAAUUCUGUGGGUACUGUUAGCUGAGCUAAACCCAUCCAGGGCCUUAUGCUGGUCUGGAAGAUGUUCAGCACCCAAAGAGUUGCCGAUUCUCCCAAAUGGCCCUUUUUUCAAUCUAGGAACAGCCAGGUGUACUUCCACGCAGCAUGUGGGGUCUACUUGUAUGUGCAAAUUGGCCUUAGAGUAGAGCUUUCCAAACGGUGUGUCACGACACGUUAGUGUGUUGGCCGUAUUGUGUAGGUGUGCCACGGGAAUGCUCCCUGCUCUCCUCCUGGGUUUGGUAUUAAAACUGAAUUACUGUGUUACGAAAUGAUGCAUGUCUAAAAAGUGUGUCACCAACAUGAAAAGUUUGGAAAGCUCUGCCCUAGAGUAACAUUCCAUGUUUCUUACAGUUUAGCAGUCACCUUUAUGCCUGCUAGAUUCUUUCUGAACUCUGUUAAGGUGUGAUGAUCUUUUACAAGCUCUACAACCAAGAAAUGGAGCCCAAAACUGCUAAUUAUCAUUUUAUAGUAUUGUUACAGGGCCACCAAAUGAUUCUGGGUCAGAGUCCAAUUUAGAAGAAAACAGCUGCUGCCCUAGAUAGUCUAAAGAACGUUGCUUUUUUCUGUUUGACCUCUCUGACAUUCAUGUAUCUAUGUAUGUAUGUAACAGUCAUAUCAUGGGUGAAGGACAGAGGAAAUCAGAGGUGGUACUGUUGCCGCUUCUUGUGACCUGUUGUCACAAGCAGGAAGUAAAGAUGCAACUUUUUCUUGCCAUGAUUUCCUCCCAUUUCCCUCCUAUUGACUUCAAUGGGGAUAUUAAAACUAUGUAGAUACCA